GCUACUCACAGCCAGUUUGGUACACCUUUUAUUGUUAAUAAUAUUUAUUAAUCUUUUUCAUAUAAGUAUAUAUAUAUAUAUAUAUAUAUACUGUGUGGUGCAACUUGGGACAGAUAUAUAAAUACACAAAGCCAAAAUACAUACAGCUUGUGGGAGUAGUAAUAGUGAUGAAAUUAUUGUUUUAAAGCUUUGGAGAAAGAAAGAAAAAAACCAUGGAAGCGAUUAUUGAUCAUCAUCAACAACAAGACCUUUCUUCUGGGCAAUCAUCUUUUUCUUCAUCAAUCCAAGAUCAAGAUCAUCAAGCAGCUCAUGUAGUAGUGGAUUAUGAUCUGUUAUUGGAAGAAUCUUGGUUUUUUGGUAACCUACUCAUUAACCAAAAACCAAUAAUGUCAAGAUGCUUUUCUGAUCCUUCUCCUUCUUCUAUCACCAAUAUUUCCAAUGAAAUAAUUGCCCUAACCACCAACAACACUACUACUACUCGAAAUCUAGCCCGAACGCCAUCGUUGCCGCCCAAUAUCGGAAGAGAAGAAGAAGAAGAUGAUGAUGGUCACUUGAAUAGGGUUGUGACCAAAUUGAGCAAAAAAGCGGUUGAACCAAAUGAGGUUUGUUGUCUAGGCAAGAAAAAAGGAAGCCAAGAAAAGAAAAAGAGUAGUAGUAGUAGUAGUAGUUGUAGGAGUAAAACAAUAACCGAGCCAAGGAAAAAUAUGUUGGUGAGAACACAAACUUUGCCAACUUCUAUGAGAAAAGUUGAGAUUGUGAUGAGUCAAGAUCAGGAAGAAAUUAAUGGUGGGAUUAGGAAACCUAGUCGCCAGGCUUCACUUAACCUUGCUGAUAUCUUGCCCCCUCGUCAUAAUAAGGGCACCUCAAAUUCAAGAAAUAGGGCACCAAAAAAUACAGGAGUGGAGUUUGACACAGAUGGGUCAAGAGAAAUGAGAAGAAGAUACCAAAAUGGAAAGAAUAUGAGAAGAAGCCUAAGUGACCUUGAAAUUGAAGAAGUGCAAGGAUUUAAGGACUUGGGCUUCACAUUUGACAACAAAGACAAGCUAAACCCUAGUGUGGUUAACAUAAUUCCAGGUUUGCAAGAAAAGAAGGAAGAGGAUAAUAUGGGCCUAGAAAAUAAGGUCAGGAGACCUUAUCUUUCCGAGGCAUGGCUAACCCAAAGUUAUGGCCCACCACCUCCUCCUCCUCCAAGUUGGGCUUUGAGGAAAUCUUCUCAAGACAUGAAGGCCCAUAUUAAGUUUUGGGCUCGAGCCGUGGCUUCUAAUGUGCACCAAGAGUGCUAAAAUGAUAAUGACAAGUUGCUUAAUCUGAUCUGCUAAUUAAUUUUUUUUAUCCAAUUGUAAUCUAAAAUAAUAUCUUGGACAGAAAAUAAAUAAUAAUAAUCAAUAAAAAGAUUGAUUGUAAACC